AUGCUCGCGUCACGGUUUCGGUACGUCGUCGCCAUCAUAUGUAUAUUGUAUACGGGUGGAAUCAGCGCAAAGAAAGGAUCUACAAAGAAGACAACAACUCCAUCCACAACGGAGAGUCAAUCAACUAAGGCGCCAAACAUGAGCUACAUUUCUCCCUCCUCUUCACCCACGUUUUCUAAUCUACACCAAGACACAACUUCUGAAUCAACGAUGACUCCGGCAACAGUGGAGGAUUCAACUCCCACAGUAACAUCUACAGAUGGGCCCUCAUCUGUGUGGACCUCUGCUGAGGAAGGAGACGAUGCAUCUGACCUUACUACUCCCGGAGAAAAACCGAAUCCAUUUGAGGCAACUACUCCAGGGAUAGGGUCAAAUUCAUCUGAAUCGAGUACACCUGAUUAUAGGUCAGGUGAAUUUGAUUCGGCUAGAUCCAAUGAUAAGUCAAACUCAUCUAAGUUGACUACAUCCGAUGAUCAGCCAGUUCCGACUAACCGGACUAUCUCGAAUGAUACGUCAGGUUCAUCUGAGUCGACUGCUCCUGUCGGAGGCCCAAGCAUAUCUGUAGAGGAUACACCUGAUAAAAGUUUGAAUUCAACUGAUGGUGAGACGACAACCCCUGGGAGCAAAUCAAAUUCAUCCGAGUCGACUGAACCUAAUGGAGAGCCAAAAUUAUUUGUGGAAGAUCCAAGAGCUUCUGGAUCCCAGCUAGGCGAUUCUGCAUCGGCGAUCGGCUUUUCGCUUCUCACUGUGGUAGUUACCAAACUGAUUCUAUGGUGA